UUCAAACAGAAACACAAACCCGACAGAUGUGUCCAUUAUAUGGUAUUCAAAAGACGGGCGGGCAGUACCAAGCAGUAUUCAGUCAAAUGUUCUGCAAGUCCAGUCAAAGAGCGACACUAAUGGUACAUAAUUUCUUAGAUCAAAAUAAAAAAAAUGUUCGUGAUUCUUACCACUUUACUCACAGAUAUGAAGCAUGAGUCAAUGAAAACGAUCGAACAAUAAUUUAAACAUAUUAAUGUGUUUUGAAUUUGAUAUGUAUAUUAUCAAUUAAAAGAUCAAACACAAUAUCAAUAACAUACCCUAGAAAUGUUUUGUUAUUUUUUAAUACAAUUGUUAUUAUUCAAUUUUUGCUAACAUAAAUGUCAUGAAUAAAAAUAACUAUGUGUGAACUGGCAUCAAUAAUAUGGAUAAUAUGCAUAUUACGUGAAUGUUUAAAGCUAUUGCUUUAUUAAUGGCAUGUGUUAAAAUCACUGACGUCAUAAAUGUGUAAUUUCACAAUCUGAAUUUUCUAUGUGCUCGUAAGGUAUAAGAAAAAAAAUGUAGAUGUUCUUCAGUGUAAAAGCUAUUUUGCAAUAUUUAAGGACGUUUUCUUUCAUUUUAUGUUUUUAGAUUUCUAUUGUGAGGCAACCAAUGUUUUAGGCUGGACAACCCAUUCUGCUCCUUAUAAACUAAAACGUAGAUGUAAGACCAAACGUUGGAAACAUUUCUUGUUCAAAAAUUAGCAUCCCCUUUGUGGUGCUUCUUCUUGACUUUUAAAUAUUCUCAAAUAUAAAAUUUAAAAAUAAUAAUAAUAAAUAAGAGUCAUAUUAUAAUUUCUUAAUAUUUUAUAUUAGUAUUAAGAUAAGCAACAGUAUUUGUAUUAUUGUUAGUGGAACUUGUGUAACAAAAAAAUGUUUCAUUUAGAUUCAGUAUCCGUCAAGAACUUCACAGCAAAUGGAACAACCAAGUUGACGUACGCAGUGCACAAACGGACUGUUGUUUCACUUCAGUGUGACGUGGAAGGUGAUCCAUUUCCAGAGCUGAACAUUUUUAACGGACCGACGUUACUUUCUCAACAUCAGGCCAAAUCCUC